CCCUCUACAGAGGCUCUCCCGCUCUCCUUUCGUCUGACAGCUACUCUCGUUCGCUAAAAACUCUAUUAAAGCCCUAACCCCAUCUUCACCGCCGCCGCAAUCGUUCCGCCUCCACAUUGGUCUUCGCCUCCCACUCAUCAUUUCCUUGUAAUCUUCUAGCCCUUUAUAGAAAAGAAUAACCGGGAGAAAACAAGGGAAUACCCACUUCACUCACCUGACAUGCAUACACAAAUCGAAUCCCUCAUAGUAGCAUCAAAAUUGCAUGGAAUAUGGCAGACCCGACUCUGAGUUCAUGAAAUGGGAUAGAAACCAGUUGGAUUGACGUGUGAGCUACCUGUUUUCGACCCAGCUCAGUUCCUGGAAAUUGUUUGAGGUAUGGCCUUAGUUCGACACUCUUCGGUUAGAAACCAAAUGCAGUCCAUGAUAUGCCUUCUGCCCUGGAUGUGUGGCUACCUCUGGAACCCAUUCUUAAGCCCAAAAAGUGUGACUUGGCAAUAUGAUUUUUGUAAUUUAUAAAUGACACAUCUACUUUGCCAAUGACUAGAUGAAGGUCACCCGCCAUAUUGCCUCAUCAUCUGCCGCCAGAAACAAGGUGCCCAUUCUCUACAAAAGCUCAGAAAUCAACGACCAGAACAAAAAAGAUGUGGUAAUGCUCCAGAUCUUCUCCUGGGGAAGAGGCACAUCUGGCCAGCUUGGUGUUGGCACUGAACAAACUCAACUGUACCCAGCCCCAGUAGUGAACCUCCAAGUGUUGCCCUCUUCUUUUGUAUUGUCUCCAACACCAGGCCAACUGGUUAACAAGGAUCACUAUAGCAUUAACAAACAGGUGCUUGAAGUGGGAAUUUCUUGUGGGUUAUUUCAUUCUGCAUUGCUUGUAGAUGGUAAUUUUUGGAUUUGGGGAAAAGGGGAUGGGGGCCGUCUGGGCUUUGGACAUGAGAAUCCUGUAUUUAUGCCCACACUGAACCCUAAUCUGGAUAAUGUUCGGUGCAUUGCUUUGGGUGGUGUCCAUUCCAUUGCACUCACUUCCCUCGGCCAAGUCUUUACAUGGGGUUAUGGUGGUUUUGGUGCAUUGGGACAUUCUGUUUAUCACAGAGAACUGCUUCCUAGAUUGGUCAAAGGCAAUUGGAACGGGAAAAUACAGCAUAUUGCCACCAGCGGCGCACAUACUGCUGCAGUCACUGAAUCUGGUGAACUUUAUACAUGGGGACGAGAUGAAGGGGAUGGCAGAUUGGGCCUUGGCCCUGGGCGGGGCCCAAAUGAAGGAGGUGGACUUAGUAUACCUUCCAAAGUAAACGCACUGCCCAUUCCUGUUGCUGCUGUUUCCUGUGGUGGUUUCUUCACAACGGUGUUAACAGAGGAUGGGCAAAUUUGGAAUUGGGGAGCAAACUCAAACUAUGAGCUUGGAAGAGGUGACAAGGUCGGCGGUUGGAAACCAAAACUAAUUCCUAGUCUUGAAGAUGUUCGUAUCAUUCAGAUAGCAAGUGGUGGUUAUCACUCUCUUGCUUUAACUGAUGAAGGUAAAGUUCUUUCAUGGGGCUUUGGGGGACAUGGUCAGCUGGGCCAUUCUUCAAAACAAAACCAGAAAAUACCAAUGGUGAUUGAUGCUUUAGCUGAUCAACGUUUUGUUUAUAUUGCCUGUGGAGGUUCUUCUUCUGCAGCUAUAACUGAUGAAGGGAAGUUGUACAUGUGGGGAAAUGCCAAAGAUUCUCAAUUGGGCAUUCUUGGUCUGCCAGAGGUACAACUAUAUCCUGUUGAAGUCAAGUUUCUUGUAGAGGAUGACGACUUGGGAGCCCACAAGGUGUUGUCCGUUGCUGUUGGUGCAUCUCAUGCAAUGUGUUUGGUUUUGAGAUCAAGCUGAUAAGUUUAUCUUUUAGUUGUAUGGUAUGUCAACUGAGAUUCUGCAACCAGGGAUGAUAUGUUGCUACAAAGCCUUAAAAGCUUUGAUGCAAAGAAAUGUUUGAUGAACUGAGCUGAGCUGAAUCAAGAAUUGAUUUAGCAAACGAAAGAUGCUGCAUUGAGACAUCUAGGAGCUUUAUUUCAAUCUUUCAACUGUCUUUAACUGAUCAUUUGAGAAGAAAGAGGAUGUUCCAAAGGACUUUAAUUGCUGACACCAAGUUUACACAAGUAGGGUUUACGUAUUUCUAGAUAGUUUUGAUAAAUUUGACCGUUGUUCUAUCUCCUAAGUUUGUUCCUUUACAUAUAUUAAAAUAAUAUAGUUGAUAUAUCUUCGUUUGUAUUAUUAUUAAA